UGCUUUUACUCUGCAGUACUAGAGACGGACCAACGGCAGAAACAAAUCCGGCUGUCACGGAUUCUUAACAAAAACCGGAAUUAAAGACAAAAUUGGUCCUGACAUACUUAAGAAAGAUAUUUAUGACAGCUAAUCUACGUUUCGUCUUUAACGUUUUUCAUUCGGAUCUCCCGCUCGCGUCGUCCCUGACGGCACGCUAAGGUUAUAAACAAUAACAACAAUGGCUUCUGGGUCGCCGUCGUCCUCUCCGGACACUGCGACGGGAUCAGGUACAGAUCCGGCCCGGCCAGACACAGGGGAGCCUCUCGGUGGAGCAGGCUCGGACUCUGACUCAGAUCUGGGCUUGGGUAAAUUUGAUUGCAGCGCCAUGGAAGCGGGGGACCAAAUGGAGGGAGAGGACCUGGAGCGGGAGUUUCAGUCUGCAGCUGACCGGGUACGAGAUCUGGUUCAGACGGCCAGCAGGGACCAGCUGCUGUACCUGUAUGCACGAUACAAACAGGCUAAAGUUGGAAAGUGCAGUACCCCAAAACCUGGCUUCUUUGACUUUGAGGGACAGAGAAAAUGGCAAGCUUGGAAGCAGCUUGGGGACAUGGAAGUGGAUCAGGCAAUGCAGGAGUACAUUUCCUGUGUUAAUGUGUUAGACCCUGAAGGCUGCACAAAGGAAAGACGAGGCGCAGAAAGAAGAGCGGGCUUCGGAGCGGCGGUUAGCUCUCUAUACCAGGAGGAGAUGAUCAGGGAAGAGGAUAGGAACAUCUUUGACUACUGCAGAGAAAAUAACAUCGACCACAUCAGCAAGGCCAUCACCUCCCAGAAAGCGGACGUCAAUACUAAAGACGAAGAGGGUCGAGCUCUGCUGCACUGGGCCUGUGACCGAGGACACAAGGAGAUGGUUUCUGUAUUGUUGCAGCACAAAGCAGACAUCAACAAUCAGGAUAAUGAAGGACAGACAGCACUACAUUAUGCGUCGGCGUGCGAGUUUGCCGACAUCGUGGAGCUGCUGCUGAACGCUGGAGCCGACCCCUCCAUCAAAGACAUGGAGGGCUCGCUCCCCGAGGAGGUCACUGAAUCCGGGGCCAUCUCCUCUCUCCUGCGUCAGCACACGGCUCCGAAAGGCUAGAAGGCCCAUCUUUUCAGCGCGUUUCCUCCCCGCUCCACUCAUUCGCUCUUCAUCGGCCCUCCUUGAUCCCCAAAGAGACUCAGUUCAUCCCAGCAGUUGGUAAACCAGGAUUGCUGAUUGAGUUUUAUUUGAUUUCAGGUAGGUUUGAUUUUGUUGGCGUUGCUCUUUGGAACUACGGGGUGCAAACAUUAGCCCUCCUAUUUGAUAAGACACACAAAAUGAAAAACACCACAUGUGUUUUCAUUUAAAUACUGUAUAUUGAAUUUAUAUGCCCAGUGGGGUUGAGUGAUAUGACGGUUACUGCAAUCACUGGUGGUUUUGCUAUGCUGACGUAGUUAUACCUUAAAUAUCUCUUGCUAUAUUUGACUGCAGGCAAUGUUCUAAUUCAGUGAGCAGGACUGCUUAUAUAUCGGCAAUAUUGGAAUGACAGGAUUUGUGCAUCAAUAUGAUAAAAUAUCUGUAUUUUUCAGCUAUUUAUUCACAGGAUAAAACAAAAAUACAUUCCCAUCCACCUAUUGAAUCUAUAAACGGUAUGAAAUUCAAAAAUGUAAUAUUUUAUACAUAUCGCCCAGACCUACUGUCCGGGUCUGCCAAUCAGCCAGGCCUUGUAGAAAGGAUCAGCCCUCUCCGACCCUCUGUACAUGGUCCAGUUGUUAUGUUCAAGGAAUGCUUUAAUCAUUUGUCACAUUAAAGUCUUCAACAUAUA